AUGUCAGGAAAGACAGAAGUGCGGUUUGAGGAAGCGGAGGAACAGAAGAUUGCUAUUUUGACGAGUAUAGGCGUUAUUAUUGCCCUGCUGUCAUGGUUGACUUAUGGCUGCCCGAUAAUAGUUGGCCUCUUAGCAAUUACAGCAGUUUAUCUAAUGACAGGUGAUAGAUACCAGUGGGUUUAUAUCUGGAUGAAGACGUACAAAAGAGAUACGAUUGGUCUACGUGUUCUCCUCGCCACAAUGUUCAGGAUAUGGGUGUGGGAACGGCGUGGCAUCACCGUGGUCAGCAGAUGGGCGGAGGUUGCCAAAAUGAGACCCGACAAGAAAGCAUUUGUUAUGGGGGAAAGUUGUUUGACAUUUCGUGAGGGUGAUGAAUUUAGCAAUCGAAUCGCUUGGUACUUCAAGCGCCAAGGUUUCAAGACUGGUGAGGUGAUCGCACUAUUCAUGGAAACUCAGCCGGAGUAUGUGUUUAUUUGGCUCGGCUUGGCCAAGAUCAGGGUUACCACGGCAUUGGUGAACACAAAUCUCAGAGGCACACAAUUGAUCCACUGCCUGAAGAUUGCUGAUUGUAAGGCUGUUGUGUUUGGUGAUGAAAUGGCCGGUGCCAUAAAAGAAAUACAACAUGAAAUUCGGGAUAUACCACUGUUCCAAUUUAACUCGCCAGACCGUCCUUCAGCUUCUAUCCUUCAGGGUACUGCGCCAUUAGCAACAGAACUUGCAGAGAUGUCAAGUGAUGCUCUUACAGACGUAGAGCCUGCGAAGCCGAGGGAUACCUUAAUGUACAUAUACACAAGUGGCACGACUGGGUUCCCCAAAGCCGCUAUAAUUACUAAUAUAAGAUACCUCUUAAUACCACUAGGAGUGCAUAAUUCGGGUCGUCUGUCAGCUCGAGACAUCAUUUACGAUCCACUGCCUCUACACCACACGGCAGGUGGAGUACUGGGAGCCGGCCAGUGCCUCAUUCUCGGUUGCACUGUGGUACUGAGGAAGAAGUUUUCCGCCUCGAAUUACUGGAGCGAUGCGGCUAAGUACGGAUGCACGGUUUCGCAGUACAUAGGCGAGAUCUGUCGGUACUUGCUGACCGUGCCGAAGGGACCGCACGACCGAGCACACAAUGUGAAAGUGAUCGUCGGCAAUGGCUUGAGGCCACAGAUUUGGCAAGAGUUCGUUGACAGGUUCGGUGUUGAGAGGGUCCUUGAGUUUUAUGGCGCAACGGAAGGCAACAGUAACCUCGUGAAUCUCGACUCGAAAAUGGGUGCCAUUGGAUUCUUAAGUCGUUUGGUCUCGUCAAUAUAUCCUCUAACGCUUGUUAAAUGCGAUGAGAUAACAGGAGAAAUAUUGAGGGACGAAAAUGGGAGAUGCAUUACUUGUGGUCCACAUGAACCAGGUCUACUUCUUGGUAAAAUUGAUCCAAAGAAGGCAAUCUUGACGUUCUCUGGCUACGCUGACAAGACAGCAUCGGAGAAGAAAAUGGUCCGCAACGUGAGGGUCGAAAAUGAUUGUUACUUUAACACUGGCGAUAUCCUCGUCAUGGACCACUAUGGAUAUUUCUAUUUUAAGGAUCGGACUGGCGAUACAUUCCGAUGGCGUGGCGAAAAUGUGUCCACGGCUGAGGUGGAAGGCGUGAUCAGUAAUUUAAUAGGCCUGAAAGAUACUGUCGUCUACGGUGUUACUAUCCCACAUGUGGAAGGCAAAGCUGGGAUGGCCGCUAUCGCUGACCCUGAUAAUAAACUGAACCUCACCGAGCUCGCCAAGGGCAUGACUUCAGCACUACCAGUUUUCGCAAGACCGUUAUUUCUAAGGAUACUUCCAGAACCGCCCCUCACGGCCACUUUCAAGUUGAAAAAGAAAGAGUUGAUUGAACAGGGCUACAAUCCUUCACUAAACAGUGAUCCUAUUUAUUUUCUAGAUCAAAAGACAGAAAGCUAUGUACCUGUAAAUGAUAAACUGUAUAAUGAUAUUGUGCAGGGGAAUAUAAAGCUGUGA